AUGGGUGGUGCCGUGGUUGACGAGGGCCCCACAGGCAUCAAGGCCCCUGAUGGGGGCUGGGGCUGGGCCGUUCUCUUUGGCUGCUUCGUCAUCACGGGCUUCUCCUACGCCUUCCCCAAGGCGGUCAGCGUCUUCUUCAAGGAGCUCAUGCGUGAGUUUGGGAUCGGUUACAGCGACACAGCCUGGAUCUCCUCCAUCCUGCUGGCCAUGUUGUACGGGACAGGCCCACUCUGCAGCGUGUGCGUGAACCGCUUUGGCUGCCGGCCCGUCAUGCUCGCGGGUGGCCUCCUGGCAUCCCUGGGCAUGGUGGCUGCGUCCUUCUGCAGAAGCAUCAUCCAGCUCUACCUCACCACUGGGGUCAUUACCGGCUUGGGUUUGGCGCUCAACUUCCAGCCAUCACUCAUCAUGCUCAACCGCUACUUCAACAAGAGGCGCCCCAUGGCCAACGGGCUGGCAGCCGCGGGCAGCCCUGUCUUCCUGUGCACCCUGUCCCCACUGGGGCAGCUGCUGCAGGACCACUAUGGCUGGCGGGGCGGCUUCCUCAUCCUGGGGGGCCUCCUGCUCAACUGCUGCGUGUGCGCUGCGCUCAUGAGGCCCCUGGAGGCGCCCAGGCCGGGUUCGGGGCCUGCGCCCCAGCGGCCAUCCCAUCGGCUGCUGGACCUGAGUGUCUUCAAGGACCGUGGCUUUGUCAUCUACGCCGUGGCCGCCUCCAUCAUGGUGCUGGGGCUCUUUGUGCCCCCCGUGUUUGUGGUGAGCUACGCCAAGGACCUGGGUGUGCCCGACACCCAGGCUGCCUUCCUGCUCACCGUGCUGGGCUUCGUUGACAUCUUUGCCCGGCCCACCGCCGGCUUCAUCACAGGCCUUAAGAAGGUGCGGCCCUACUCCGUCUACCUCUUCAGCUUCUCCAUGUUCUUCAAUGGCUUCACUGACCUCACGGGGUCCACGGCCAGCGACUAUGGAGGCCUGGUGGUCUUCUGCAUCUUCUUCGGCAUCUCUUACGGCAUGGUGGGGGCCUUGCAGUUCGAGGUGCUCAUGGCUAUUGUGGGCACCCAGAAGUUCUCCAGUGCCAUUGGCCUCGUGCUGCUGCUGGAGGCCAUCGCCGUGCUCAUUGGGCCCCCAUCGGGAGGCAAGGUCCUGGAUGCGACGCACGUCUACCAGUACGUGUUUGUCCUGGCAGGGGCCGAGGUGCUGGCCUCCUCCCUCGUGCUGGUGCUGGGCAACUUCUUCUGCAUUAGGAAGAGGCCCGAGGCGGCCGUGGAGGAAGAGGAGCGCCACAAGCCCCCCGCGGACGUGAGGGUGGACUCUCGGGAGGUGGAGCACUUCCUGAAAGCAGAGCCCGAGAAAAACGGGGAGGUCGUUCACACCCCAGAAACAAGCGUCUGAGCCCAGGAGGCCAGCGGGGGUGAUGGAACCGGACAGAGACUUCAACGCUCAUGUUUAUUUCACAAACAGGACUAGCUUGGCCGUCCGUGUUUCUCCGGGGAGGUGGUGGGCUGGGAACCGUGUCAUUCCAAACUGGUGAAGCCCAGCCGCGAGGUUACGAGCCGUCUGCACCAGGGAACCAGCCUGCUGACCCCGGAGUAGCCCGGUGCCCACCGCUGAGCUCAGGGACCUAGAAACCCACGCUUCAGAGACAAUAUGGCGGGCAUCAGAGGGCGAGGCUGGGGAGAGCCGGCUGAGCGGCACGGUCUCGGGAAGGGGCCUCCCCGCAUGGCUGGCUGCGCCCCAUCCUGCCCUGUCUCCACCACGGCGCCCCAGCCCGCCCCUCGCGGGGUGCCUGGGGAACCAAACUCCCUUCACCUCUGAAGGUCUGAAAUAAACCUGCGUGUGGGAGGAGCCACCUUGGAAGGAA